CGAUUUUUUAUAUGGAGUAUGCGAUAAGUAUUUAUCAAUGCUUUCGCACACCACUAAUUCAUGCAAAGUAAUAAACAAUUAAACCCGAUUUGAGCAAUAAUGUCGGCAUCGGAACAAGGACCCAAAAUCAAGUACGGAGAAACCGCACCCAAACUAGACAGAGCACAACUGCAGUUCAUGAAACUCAUCGAGGAGCAGAACUUGGAUCGUGUCCAGAAAUUAAAACGUGUGCGACGCAAUAAUUUGCUAACAGCCGGAGCGCUUGGCUUUUCAGUGCUAGCUAUUUACGGGUACUCCAUAUUCUCGGUGCAGCAAGAGAAGUUCCUCGACGACUUCGAGGAGCCCAAGAAAGUGAACACCAACUAAAUUCGAUCCGCACUUGUUACUUCUUAUCACGUAGUUAGUUUUUAAGCUCUUGUUUUUCAUUCAAUUUUACACUAUCCUAAAAUCGUU